AUGAAAAGUACCACGAGACCAUUGAGGCCCUUUGGGUCCCAGAGGACACUUUCUCAGGUGAAGUUUCUUUGCUACUGUCGCUUCUUUUCCUCACGCCAUGGCAACUCUUCGACGCCAUAUCUAUCGCGUGUCGAUGACCACGAGAUUGUACAACUGGCCAAAAAGCCACAACACCCCUUGAGCCUCGCCGACCUGGUCAAACACGGACGUCCUCCUCUGAGUGAAAAAUCCCUCCUCUCCUCAGCCAACUUCACUCUCUCCCUACUACCCAUCCGACUCGCCCACCGAAUACAAGCCCUGCGGAAUCUUCCCUAUAUCGUAGUGUCCAACCCGAACAUCAGCAGAAUCUACAAUAAUUACGUCCACUCGCUUUCGACUCUCCUACCCUGGUGGACGAAGGGCAACAAAGGCGGCGGGAACGCAGUCCGCACCCUUGAUGACGAGAUCCGCUUCACUGAAGUUCUUGCUGAGCUGGUCGCUACGCACACCGACACAAUCCCUAUUCUCGCUCGUGGCUUCCUCGAAUGCCGCCGCUACAUCAGUCCGGCUGAGGUCACCCGCUUCCUCGACGAGCACCUUCGCGCUCGCAUCGGCACCCGUCUCGUUGCCGAGCAGCACAUCGCCCUUCACUACAGCAGUCAGCCACACUUCGACCCAGGCGCCAGCCCGACUCCCUGCCCGGAACACCCCAGCUACAUCGGCGUCAUAGACACUGCCCUACGUCCGGCCCACAUUAUCGAGUCCUGUGCCGGAUUUGUUGCCGACAUUUGCGAGCUGCGAUAUGGCGUCCGCCCGUUGUUAUACAUUGACGGCGAGCCCGAUACCACUUUUGCCUUCGUCCCUAUGCACCUCGAGUACAUCGUUACCGAGCUGCUAAAAAAUGCUUUUAGAGCCACUGUAGAGCACCGCGACAAUAAGGAGCCUAUCGUGGUUACCAUUGCGCCGGAGCCACCUGUGCGCAAGCAAACGGGGCAGUUCAUAAAGAUUGACGUACCCGAGGAGACCAGGGGAGAGUUUAGAAGCGAUGCUAUCAAACCACUGGAUGAUAACGUCCCUGGGGUGACCAUUCGGAUCAGGGAUCGAGGCGGCGGGAUUGCUCCCGAGGUUCUACCUAACAUUUGGUCUUACUCCUUUACCACAUUCUCUGAGGAUGAUGAGUUUCCCGCCUCUGACGGGGACGGGUUGAAUGUGAUAUCCCAUGCGAGUGCAGGAGGGAGCUCCAUCGCGGGCCUUGGCUACGGCCUGCCACUCAGUCGCGCGUAUGCAGAAUAUUUCGGCGGUGGCAUCGCCGUACAAAGCUUAUACGGCUGGGGUACCGACGUCUAUCUUAGGCUCAAUGGCGUAGGCAAGAUCCAGUGA